AUGCAAAAAAGUAUAAAUUCAGAGUUUGCUGAGCACAAAUCGUCGAGUCAGCAAGCAUACCCUCUACGUUCGGUAGCCCAUUCUCCAGUGCGAUUCUCUUCUUCUAGUAUUGAUCUGAACCAGAAUAAGCGGUCCCAAAAUAGUUUGGAAGGUAAACCUGAGCGAAUAAGGAAUUCAUUUGAAAAUGUCGAGACACCCGCCAACGAAAAUGAUGGUCUUAGUUUGACACAGUUAUUCGAGGUUCCUACGCAAGCUGUUGAACCAGAAGAAAAAGCAUCGGAAGGUUCUGAUUCUUCUCAUGAUGAGAUUAUUAUUCAAAAUCCAUCCAGUGGAUCCCAUAAAGCCUCGACACCGAAUCGAGCUGAGCGUGUGUUGGAACAGCUUUACAACCAGCAAGGAGUCCUUAGCCAACAAAACAAGAUUGUUUCUCCUCAAAGCUUUCCUAAUUCACCGGAAAUGCUCUCUCCUCCUGGAUCAGCCUUUCCUGGAUCUAUGACUUCCACUCUAAAAGAUACUCCUGCACCUCAUUCUUCGAAUGAACAGGCUACAGGAAAUAUGGUUGAGGAUGUCCUUGUUCCUGACACCGUCACCCAAGAACGAAGAUACUUUGAUUACCCUGUUGGAUCAUUUGAAAGCGAGGCUGAUGCAGCUCAAAUAGAGUCAACACCUACACGGCAUCCUGCCAAAAUACAACAGCUCCCUCUGAUUACUGGCAUAGAAUCAACGCCUCCCACGAAGCUCAUAGCUACCGAAAGUGAUCAUAAAUCCAUUGGAGAAACUAAAUCAAGAGUAAGACAUACAAAGAACAUCAUCUCCGAUACUCCUGUUUCAAGUCGCAUUUUAAUAGACGAAGAUUCCCUAAGUACAGGAAAAAGGAAGAUUAAUUAUAACGCUGAUAAUGAAUUACCCGAUCAGUCGCCUCCUAAGACUGAAUUUAAUGUUCCAAAGAAACGCUCCAGAAGAUUUGAUAAUGUAUCUUCCAAUUCAGAUUCCAAAACAAAUGAUAGCAGAAGGAACAAAGAGACCGCUAAUUCACCUGAGCUGGAGAUGGAACCAAACUCCAAAAAUGGCAAGUCCAAUACAGACAAACCAAAAUGUCUUCUCCCUAACUUGAAAGAACGUUCCAAUCAAUUUUUUAAAGUUGAAAAUCGUGUAUUGGCUUUCUUCAAGGGUUAUCCUGCUUUUUAUUAUCCUGCAACGGUUCUUUCUCAAACAACGUCAUCAGCUUCUGGAAUUCCUCAAUUUAAGAUACAGUUUGAUGAUUCUACUACCAGCACUGUUAAUGUAAACCAACUAAAACGUUUCGAACUGAAGGAAGGUGACAUUGUUCGGUCCACUGCUUUGAAAUUGAACCAUAUUGUUUUACGGACCUACAAUUCAUCAAGUGAAAAUAUAUCCAAUACUUUAACAGAUGUUUUUGGAAAUGAUACGGUGCUAUUGAGGAUAGAAAAAAAAGAUGAAGUUGCUGUACCGAUGUCAACAAUAUACCUAAUACCUUCGCAAAUCAGGAAAUUUAAAGAUCGUGAUUUUCAACAGGUCCCUGAACUAAAGCCGGAUACAGAUACUAACUCUUUACCUUCUUCAAUUUCCAGAAAACGCCUUUCGGGUUCAUAUAAUGUCAAUGAUGACGUUGAAAAAGCAAAUCAGUCAUCUACGCAAAGUACGAACGCUUCAAUUUUUCAAACUUGCGUUUUUGUGUUUACUGGACUGAAUACGGUUCAUGACAAUGAACGUUCCCUUUUGAUAAAUUUGGUAAAAAAUAACGGUGGUGCUGUGCUUGAUGAGGGUUUUAGCACUUUGUGCUGUAAUUAUUACAAUGGAAAAGGGAAAAUACUUUUUCCUUUGAAACCACAUAAAAGGUCACAGUCAUGGAAGUAUGCUUUCGUAAUUUCAGACACCCAUUCUAGGAAAGUUAAAUAUUUAGAGGCUUUAGCCUUGAACCUUCCAUGUGUACAUCCAAGAUUUAUAACAAUCUGUUUGGAGAAACAGAAGAUUGUUGACCAUUCGCCCUUUUUACUGGCGGCCGGAUACUCUAGACGCCUGAAUACUAUUUUAUCGCAGCGAGUACGGUCUUUCCCGGGGUUUACUUUGUAUGACCAGUUGCAGGACAAUUCUGGUCCGUUAUCUGACAAAAGAAUAUUAUUUUUAUUACCAAACAUAAACUUUUCUCGAAACGGACUUGCUAGUGAUGAGUACUCUCAGAGGGUAUUAGCUCAUAUGUUUCAAGCGCUUGCUCUAGGAGCCGAAGUUGAAUAUAAAAAUUCACUUACGAAAUUAAAUUCCCACUGGGAUGUUAUAGUGUCUGACACUGAAAAUGAAGAUUUGGAUAUGAAAGUUCCCAUCGUUGAUUUUGAAUGGAUUAUAGAAUGCGUCAUAAGCUAUUCUGAUGCACUAGAUUUAUAA